CCAUCUCCAGCCAUGUCUGACGAGGCGUCGGCCACCACUUCGUACGAGAAGUUUCUGACCCCUGAGGAACCCUUCCCGCUUCUGGGACCCCCUCGCGGGGUGGGCACCUGCCCGAGCGAGGAGCCGGGCUGCCUGGACAUCAGUGACUUCGGCUGCCAGCUGUCCUCUUGCCAUCGUACCGACCCGCUCCUCCGCUUCCACACUAACAGGUGGAACUUAACUUCUUGUGGAACAAGUGUUGCCAGCUCAGAAUGCAGUGAGGAGCUGUUUUCAUCAGUUUCUGUUGGAGAUCAAGAUGAUUGCUAUUCCCUGUUAGAUGAUCAAGACUUCACUUCUUUUGAUUUAUUUCCUGAGGGGAGUGUCUGCAGUGAUGUCUCUUCUUCUAUUAGCACAUACUGGGAUUGGUCAGACAGUGAGUUUGAAUGGCAG